AUGGUUGGCCCUCGUCCCCAACUGAAGGGACUCGAUUUGAUCUCGAAAACGAGAAGAGUCCACUUUGUGACCGCUUCUCUAGAAGAGAUUUCGACAAAAGAGAAAAAUAAAGAAGAGGAGAGAAAAGCUUUCACUGGAAAAGAAGCCCGCGAUUUCUAUGAGAGUCUAUUGAUAGAAGAUGGCGAAGGAGAAGAGAAACCGACAACCAGUUUCCAUCAAAAUCCCUUCAAAGUUCCUGAACUGCCCGCAAAAAGGAAACAGAAAGUGUCACGAAAAGUUGAAUCGAUCAAAAAUGAGUUCUCCAAUCGGGACGUAAACAAUUUCCUCCGCGCUGCCACUGAGGGAAAUUUGAGAGAAAUCGAGAGAUUUUUGAAGAAAGGAAUCCCAAUUGAUUCCCUCGAUUCUUUCGGAUGGACGGGUUUAAUGUGCGCCUCGUUUGAGGGACAUCUUGAGGUGGUUCAACUUUUGCUUAAAUACAAUGCGAAUCGAGACCUGAAAAAUUCCCAUCGAAAAACGGCGUUUGAUUUGGCACGAGAAAAGAGACAUGAGAACAUUUCGAGGAUUCUAUUUCAAAAGGAACACGUCAUCAAAAGAAAGCCUCACAAAAGCGCUCAAAAGGGUCAUUGUGAUGUUUGUGGGAUCGAUUUCGAGGGAGAACACGUCGAUCAUGUCACAAAAACGGCUCAUUUGUUGCGAAUUGGAGAAAAAGGAGAACAGCAUACUGGCUACGGUAUCCCGGAGACGAAUGUCGGAUAUAAAAUGCUGAAACGAACGGGAUGGAAUGAAUUCCGGGGAUUGGGACGGGCAGAGGAGGGGAAAAGGUUCCCGAUUCGGACGGUGCUCAAGAGGGAUCGCAAGGGUUUGGGCUCAUCAAAGGAGAAGCCGCGAGUCACGCAUUUUGAGGCGAAUGAUCAACGGGCUGUUGAGACGGCUGAACAAAUGAAAAGAGGAAGAAGGCACAACGCUAAGAGAAUUCGCUCGGAAUUAGCGAAAGAGAAAGAAUUCGAGAAAGAUUUCCGCGAGGCUUUCAAAUACGAUUUUGACGGCAUUUUA